AAAGGUUGUGAUCAUAGACCGUUUUUCUUCACUUGAUGUAAACCUCGUAAGUGUGCUGCAUCGUCAGGAUUGGCUCACCGUAGGCGUAAUGAAUUGUGAUUCUUAUAUUUAACCAUUUUCUUUCCCCACUUUUCAAGUUCAAGUUCAUUUCUAUAGCGCUUUUCACAAUGAACUUAAAAAUUAAAGUAAAUUAUGUGUAUUUGUUCCCAUUACUAAGCCAGCAGUAGAAAAUGUAAAAAAUUUGACCAACAAGCCUGCCCAAGACCUAGAGGAUCGAAAAUCGUUGGAACUGUCACUUGAACAAUGGCCAACUUCCAAACACAUCAUCAUCAUCAUCAUCAUCAUCAAUAUAAGUCAACUCAUCACCAAAAUCCACACGGCCAUGGAUCCCGCCUGACCGAGAGCCCUAAUUCAUCAGAACGAAGCAAUACUGACCACCUUCCUCAUACCCACGAUAACCAUGAGCAUGCUGAUAUUCACCUUCAUACCAAUCCCCAGCAUAAGCAACAUAGCAAACACUGCAGUAGCAGUAAAAAAUUCCAUCACAAAACAUCAACCAUCUCACCAGAUCGCUCCAUGUCAGCUGCUGGUUGUUCCUUAUGCUCCUCCUUCUCAUCAUCAGCAUCAUCCACAUGUUCUUCAACUUCAGGGUCAUCGUCCUCUUCAUCCUCUUUUUCUUCGGCAUCCUCUUCUUCUAAUUCUUCGUCGUCCUCCUCUUUCAGUUCUUCUUCCUUCUCAUCUUCUUCAUCAAGCUCAUCUUCCUGGUCUUCUGACAGCAGCCUGGAAAAGGCCAAAUUUGCUUCUAAGUUCAAGAAAGGCGCUCGUCGUCUGGAACAUUCCCAGUCCUGCACUGACAUCUCCAGGCGAAGGAGAGCGUUUGAGGAAGAUGAAGAAGAUACUGUUCCCUUGUUGAAUGAGGAUGGCCAUGCCAACAAGUCUGCAAGUCUAAAAAAGUACUGCUCAGUGAAGAAAAAGUGUGAAGACACUAAUAAGAGGCCAAACCUCUCCCACUCCCAGUCUAGAAAAAGCACCUUUAAAAAGGAAUCGUGCCAGAGUGAAAUAGUUCGAAAGGCAAAGUCUAUGGAGGUGCUGCCAAUGCAGAACAAACAGUCUGGUGAAGGUGAACUAGAUGAAAAAGAAAUUGAGAGAAGGAAAGAGGAAGCAAGAAGGAACAUUAUGGAGGAAAAAAAGAAGUUUUCUGCCUUUUUAAACGAGAUCACCAGGCAGGUAAUAAGUCCCUCCAGGCUACAGACUCUCGGUGUAACAGAUGCCCACAGGGCUAUAAUCCCUGCUAAAUCUCAAAAUUCCGAAUGCAAAGGACACAAGAAACCGAACCAUUUUUCCAGACGAUCUGGAAGUACAAACUCUGUGUCAUCUAGCGCACUUUCUCACACCAGAAAGCAUUCUUCUGGACAUGUAAAGUCUCUUCAACCUUGUAAUUCAAUCGAACAUCACCAUCACCAAAAUACCAAGCAUAGAAAUCCCAAGCAUCUUCACCAUAGCUUCAACAGCCACACUAGCAAUAAAACUGGAUCAUCUAAAAGUCAUUUGAGAAGGUCAGAACAUGGCCAUAAGGCACGCAAAAAGCAACAAGCUCUGUCCAGUAGUCAUUUAAAGAAUGACUCUUCUAUGGAUACAAAAAGGAGUACACAGAGAACUGACUCUCUCUCACCAACCUCUCAUCAUUACAGUCACAUUAACACCCACAGAAGAGAUCACCUGAGUUUAUCGUCACACCCUCAUUCUCCAUCCCAUCACCCCCAUCGCAGAACUGACCGAAACCCAGAACAUCGUUCUUUGCAAACUGAAAGUCAUCAUUCCUAUUUGGAAUCUCAUCGCCAUCAUUCAACUUCUCUAUCACGCCAUCACCAAGAAACAACACAUCAGCAUGUUCCGCGUGCAGAAGCUCACCACCACUAUCAUUCCCAUUCAGAAUCUCAUAACCAACCUCAUCAUGAUGAUCACCACAGCCAAUCCUCACAUAAACCUUCUCCAUACUUUGACAAUGACCAUCAUGCCUAUUCAGAAUCUCACCACCAUGUUCCAUCUUCACCAUUGUACCACCACUGUGACCAAAGUCCCUCAUAUUCAGGAACUAAUUUUCCACGUUUAAAAACUCAAGUUUAUUCCCAGCCAGAAUCAUUUCAUCAUUCACCUUCUCCUUCACAUCAACAUCAGUAUAGUGACGCCAAUCAUCAAACCCGAUCCCCACAUCAGUAUUAUUUAUACUCAAAAAAGUAUGAUCAUUUCCAUUCAGAAUCUCCUCACCAUUCCCCUUCUCCUUCAUGUCACUUCCAUCAUGGAGACCAGAAAAGCCAAUCUCUUUGCUCCUCUCCUUCCUCGCUCUUGAAAAGUCAAGACCAUUCAGAAACUCCUCCAUUGCACCACCUUCAUAAAAACCACAAAAAUACAACUCCACAUUAUUAUACUUUGCGCUCUGAAACCCAUGGUCUCCAUUCUCCUGCAGAACUUAAUUACUGUGAUUCUUAUUCUAGAUCACAUCAUUCCUCCCUUCCCGAUAUUCAAUACCAUUCCUCUAAUGCUGAAUCCUCUCAUCCCAUGCUCCAAUCCUAUUCCACCGAUCAAGAUUUUCAACAGUACCAACCUCCUUCCCAAACUUCACAUUAUUACGAUAACUCCCACGACUCUUCUUCUGAUCAUGAUCAUCAUUUGCAUCAUGAUUCCACUCAUCACCAAUUUCAUGGCCAGCAUCACUCCUCUUAUCCUGAUGUCCACCACCAUCAUCAUCAUUCUAAUCCCCCUUCUGAUAACCAUCAUCACUCUUAUCCAAAUGUUCACACCCAUUCCGAGGAAGGUCUAACGAGUCCCACUGAUCAUAAACCUGGCAGAUGUUCUAACAGUCUUUACACAGACAGACAUCACCAACACCGUUCUAAUUUAGACCAUCAUCCUAAUCCUCGUAUUGGGGAUUCAAAACCUUUAACACUUAACAGACAUCACCAUAGUCUUGAUAGUCAUUAUUCUCAGCACCACCCUCACAGCCUAAAACACACUGUAGGUCACCAUCAGUUUUCCCAUCCAGAUUCCCACAAUAGUACACUUUCAAAAUCUUAUCACCAACAUGAUCAUCAACAGUCUGCCCAUUAUCAUUCCAUUUCUGAAGCCAAGUUUGAUCAUCACAAAGAUACUGACUACCACCACAAUAGCCCAGAGUCCAACAAAGAUUCACAACACUACAUUGUACUUCAUCACAAUUCUCAACCAAACCACAAACACCAAGAAUUUCCUAACCAUUCCCAUACGGAAUCCCCCUAUCAUCAGUUGCAUACUGAAUCCCAACACUAUCUGGAACAUUCCAAAACACACCAGCAUUCCCAUGUUGAAUUUCCAAGGUCCUCCCACUGUGACUGCCACAAAAUGCCCUCCCAUAUGGAGUCCCAUCAUCUUCAUCAUCAUCAACAUCACCACAAGUAUUCAGAAUCCCAUCACCAUUCCCAUCCAAAAUCUCUCCAUCAUAGUUCUCAUACUGAGAUACCUCUUCAGUAUGGUGCUCCAAAAUCCCACCAUCAUCAUGAGGAUCCAGAAUCCUAUACCCAUUCAAAAGCUGAACCCCAGCAUCACUCGGAUGUUAAAUGGCAGCACGAUCACCCAGAGUCUCGCCAUUACCGUUUCCACACUAAGGAACAUCACUAUCAUGGUGGCGAUGCCAGUCCUCUUCGCCAUUCUCCAGUUGGCGAGAAGGCCACUUCCCCUUGUUCUAGCAAGUCGGAUUCAUCCAGAAACACAGAAAGUCCUAUUAGCCAUGAUGAUCAGUCAAUGGCCUACAAGGAAACAGCCAUGACUGUCAAAGAAAAAAAGGGCUCUGAAUAUGAGAGGAUCAUGAUGUUACAGGAACAAAAUGAAGACCUGCACAAUACUUUGCGUCAAACCGUGGUGCGUAUGGAGUGCUUAGGAGCUGAGUUUAUCACUGAACACCAUCAGCUGGAAUCAGAGCUACAGAGAACUCGCGUAGAACUGAGCAGCAUGAUGGAAAAGUUUACAAGACUUCAGGCUAAUUAUUCCUCCAUUCAGCAGACUGAUGAUUUCCAGGAGAAUGAAACACACUUUAUGGAUGAACAUAUGGAUGCUGAACGUGAGAAACUGAACCAGCAGAUCUCGGAGCUGACAAAACAGCUGUCAGUUGCCAAGACAACCAUUCAGAGCCUGGGGACAAUUAAUGUGACAUCCAUGCUCCAGGAAGCCCUUGUUAAGCAUUUAAAAUCAGAUGAUCCUAUCAAGCCAGCAGUCGCACCUCCUCCAUUUCAGUUUAUGGACAGUGACCAUUAUACCAAAAGCUCAGUAGUUGGAGAUGAGGAAUCACUGGGUCCUGUCCUAGAAGAAGAUGAAACCGAUUGGUCAGAAAUGGGUGAAGAGGCGAAGGACUGUGCAUGUAGUAGUUUGGAGAGAGGUCAACACAGAUGUAAAGGAUUCUCAACAUGGCAACAGGAGCAGGGUUGCUGGGUGAAGUCAGAUCAGUACAGAAGAGGAGACGGCGAUACAGAAAGUGAAUCAGGAGGUGAAAAGAUGGCCCACAAACAGGGCCUACAGAUACCCCACCUACAGUUCAGCAUUCACCCUGAAUUCUUACCAGUGCCUCUAGCCAGCUUGAAGCAGAAUCUGGAUGGCCCUGGUGGAAAUGAAUACCAUAUUUACACUGGAUGCCAACUAAGCUCUCCUAUUCGCUUACUGUCUGCAAGCUUGGAGGGGAUCAACUCUACUGGCUUGCAGCAAGUUGAGCAUCAAGGUCAUUUAAAGUGCACGAAAGGAAAGCUGGAUUUACACCAACCACAUCAGAGUGCUGAUGAAGAUUGGACUGAAGAUGAACUUACUCAUAACUGGAAGGAGGCAAACAAGCAACAGACUGAAGAUAGAGAGAAGGGGGCAGGAAGCAGUGUCUCAGUGCCAAUGGCUAAUCUGGAGUCAGCACAGAAGAUGCUCAACCAUUUUAUACAGGAGGGUGAGAAGACAAAACUAUGAAACAACCUAAAAACAAAGUCUGUUUGAGGCAUAUAGUAUAACCUGCUCUGUAAAUGAGAUGUUAAUGCUACCUGUAGCUAAACAAUAUUAAAUAAUAUAAACUACGUAUGGUUUUGUAAAAAAAGAAAACAAUGUACUCCAAAUGUUGAUUUAUUAAAGUAAUUGUGAUCAGAGAUCAUAAUUGAUAUUGCAGCCACAAACAGACAUAAACAACACAAGAAAAUCUAAAGGAGCAGGCCAAACACAAAAACAACUGAUCAUACCAAGGAAAUCAGAAUUGCAAACAGGAAUGAAGGCAAGACUGCAACUGCAAUUUUAUGGCUGGACUCUUCAUAAUGUGAUUGAAUGAAGCAGUGAUUGCAAGCAUGCUAGGUAAAACAGGAAGUGUAGUAUUCUGGUAGUGGGGACCUCCAGUAAUAUGAAAUUGAAUGAUGAAAUCGAUACAUACUAGAAUGAUGAAUUCUUAGACAUAUUUAUAAUAAUUAUUGGUUCCUAGAUAUGUUCAUACUCAAGAUUCCCCCUUUAAGACAACAAGUUCUCAUUCUCAUAGACAUUUGUUUUGCCCUUACAGCCCACCUUGGACCCAUACAUUUCAGAGUCUCUCAAUUCUCCAUUGUCAGGUUUUAGCACUAGUUACUAGCACUAGGUAAAAGUCUAGUUACAAUCUCUUUCUGGAUCAGUCCCGAAUACGCAACUAAUAUAUACUUUUUAAUGUUUAACCAUUAUUGAUUUAUUUUUGCUGUAAAUCGAACAAAGCAUGUUUUGACAUGCAUCACAGAGAAAUCUGUUUUUGAAUUUGGAGCAAGGACAAAAAAACUUACCUAUUCAAUUGUCUUUUUAAUUUUUAAAAUUUUUUAUUAAUUAGAACAAGCAAAUCAUCAGUUCAUUAGAGCAGAGAAGGUAGCUAAAUUGAACCCUGUAGCGAGUCCAUGAUCUGAUGAGCUGUUUUCCACAAAAUAUCCAACAGCAUAAAUCCAUGUGACUGGAUAAGCCAAUACGGACAGAUUUGCUACAGAAGCUAAGCUGGUUCAUGUUUAGAAAACUGAAGUUGCUUGUUCUGCAUACAAGUUAAUGACCCUUGCCCUCAUAAAUCCUACCCCACCCAGUACAUUUACCCCUAUGAUCUAAUCAAACAUACUUAGAUCAUAUAAUACAUAUGGUUUAAUUAUAGUAUAAAAUUCAAGAAAUGUAAAAGUAGCUACAGUGUUCAGGUUGUUAACUAAUGCAGUAGCUCUAAGCACUCUGUCUGCUGCUCAGAACAAGUUUUCUAUUUGAAUUCUGAGUCUGGGUUGUGAGUUCUCUAUUCACAAUCAAAGAUAUGCCCAUGGGUGACUGGUAGCCCCGCUGAGGUAGAUGCUUUGAUAAGUUCUAAAGGCAACAUCAAAUAGAAGUGUGGUACUUUGAUUUCACUUGGGUACGAGACAUGGUUGCCCUUAAAGAGAGUGGAAAAAUAAUUUCCAGCAUGAAGCUCACACCCUGUUGAUCAGAAAUCAAAAGCUGAUUAAUUCAACAUUUGUUUAGGGUUUUGAAAUGUCCUGAAGCUGUGAUUUUUGGGCUGCUUACAAUGAACUGAGAUCCAUUAACAUACAUAAUAAUUGUAGCUCCUAGGAUAAUCAAUGAUUCCGAUUUGUCAUUCUGGUCUUUUGGCACAAUGAAUAAGUUGUAAAAGAAAAACGAUGAAAAACAAUGUACAUUUGUUGUUCAAUGAGGUUAACGUAUGCUUGUACAUCACUGUGAUUCCUCAGUCUGUGUUGAACUUCAAGGUAGUGGUGAUAUCUGUAUUAAUUA